CGAGUUUUACUAUAUAUAUAUAUGUAUGUGUAUGUGUAUGAGAAGUGUUUUUAUUUAACUUUUUACGGAUUCCAAAAGCACGGUCGCAUUGUUUAGUGUCAUUGCAAUCCUAUGAUGACAUACUGUGUCGCACGUGGAUGCUGCCAGUGAUCCAAGGAGGCGUUUUGUUUCGUUCUGCCUGCGUGGAUACGCAUUGGAUAUCAUAAACAGAAACCCAAAUAGCAACAGCAACAAACAUCACGUCACUUGGAUAAGAAAUCAGUUUGUAGUUACACCUAGGAAAGAACAGUUAACAGCGAAUUCGUCUCACGAAAAGAACCAAAACACGGUAAUCAAAGAGUCAAUAAGAAAAAAACAAGAACAACAUAAUCACGAUACUGUCAAAGAUAUUGGAGAGGGGGUGGCGGACGGAGGGCCGACAACAACAACGACAACAAUAGCGGCAGCAGAAACAGAAAAAGUAUGAGUAAUAACGUAGAAAGUAAUGGCAAUAGACGCACCGUUGAUUGGCAGCGCUUUGGUCUUGGAGGUGACGAUGAGGGCGAGAUAACAGUGGCCAACUUUCGCCAGCGCAGCAACAACAACACUGGCGGAUUCGUUGAUCUUGGUAAUGAGUACACGUAUGCAGCAGGCGGUCAUCAUGCGUCCGGCGCCAAUGAGAUCUUUGCCGGCGAGCAGGGCGACAAGCCAUGGUGGCGCUCCAAUUUCUUCAUCUCACAACCGGUGCUCUUUGGCACUUGGGAUGGCGUCUUCACCUCCUGCCUGAUCAACGUGUUUGGCGUGAUCGUAUUCCUACGCUCCGGUUGGAUUGUUGCCCAGGCAGGCAUUAUAAAUGCCGUGCUUAUCAUUUUUGUCACUGUGGUUAUUGCCCUAAUCAGUGUACUCUCCGCCAUUGGGAUCUGUGAGCGGUGUCGGGUGGAGAGUGGUGGAGUUUACUUUCUAAUUGCACAUACACUCGGUUCCCGCUUUGGAGGUGCCCUUGGAUUGCUCUACUGCUUUGGCCAGGCCGUGGGCUGUGCCCUUAACGUGAUGGGCUUUGGCGAAUCAAUGGCCGGCCUGGUCGGUCUCGCCAACAAUAACUGGGCUAUACGUGGCUUUGCUACGGCCGCCGUUUUGCUGCUCGGCUGCAUCAACAUUGCCGGCGUCAAGUGGGUCAUCAAGCUGCAGUUCAUCUUGUUAAUGAUUCUGCUCAUUUCAGCAUUGGAUUUUAUGGUGGGCAGCUUCACUGGCGGAGAUCCCAAUAGUGGCUUCGAUGGCUGGAUGAGCGGUAACUUUAUGGAGAAUCUUUGGCCAAAAUAUGAAGAUGGGUAUUCAUGGUUUCGUGUAUUUGGCGUCUUCUUUCCCACCGUCACUGGUGUCCUCUCCGGCAUCAAUAUGAGCGGUGAUCUUCGCGCUCCCUCGACAGACAUACCCAAUGGCACACUAGCUGCAUUCGGCACAUCAACGUUCCUGUAUAUGGUCUUUGUGCUGUUUUUGGGUGCCACAUGCAAACGUACCAAGCUACUCGUCGACUUUAUGAUCUCCGUGAAGGUUUCAGCAAUACAGUUUUUGCUGCUGGCUGGCAUCUAUGUGUCGAGCAUGUCCUCCUGCCUGGGUGCCAUGUACGGUACGCCGCGCGUCCUACAGAGCAUUGCCAAGGAGAGUGUCAUACCCGGAAUAGAUGCACUCGGCAAGGGUCGUGGACCCAAUAAGGUGCCCCUGUACGCAAUGGCCGUUGUGGCUGUGGUCACCGUCACCUUUAUCAUUGUGGGAGACAUUAACUUCUUGGCGCCCAUUGUGACAAUGCCAUUCCUGAUGACAUAUGCGUGCAUAGACUAUGCAUAUUUUGCUCUCGCCCAAACAUUUGACAUACAGGAACAGCGCGAGGAACGCUUCCGUAUACAAGCCUCCAGUCCUAGCUAUGAGACGCGUCGCUAUGGCAGCGUAUCGGAUGGAGGCAAUGAUCUGGAUUUGUUGUUUCCGGAUCGAGUGCGUCAUAAGAAUCUGCAGAGUCCACAGAAUUCACCGCUGCAUCAGACACAACCAACACCUCCAGUGCCUACUGAGAACAUUGUAGAUUUCGAUGCGCCAGCUCCAAGCACAUCGUCCGGUCAAGGCGAUGCAGCGACAACAUCCGACCGCACCGCACUGACCGUGGAACAGUCAGCGGGCCAGAAUGGCAGCGAGCUUGAGGAUGAGAAUGAGCCGAUUGCACCCAUUCGUCCGCCCAUACAUUCCAAGACGAAAAACUGGUACUCUGGCUUCUGCAAUCGCUGGGCUUCAUUGGCGGGCGCGCUCAUCAAGCUGCUGGUCAUGCUGUUGGUGAACUGGUACUAUGCCUUGACCUGUUUCGUGGUCGUCUUCAUUGUUUGGUUCUAUGUGGGCACAGCUAAUCCCGCCGUCAAGCCCGGCCUGACAGCUGAGUUUAACUUUUUUGGCUGGCUGAAGAGCGUCAUCUUUCGAUGUUUUGGAAAACGCAUGCACGAGUAUGAACAGAUUGUUGUGACACCCUCUUGCCCGGGCGUGGAUCUGUCGCCCACCCAGUUGAACGAGCAAAAUGAGGACUUCAGGCCGCGACCCAAUUACCAUCACUCUUCGGUAAUUGAGGGUCGUCUGAUAGAUGACAUCUAGACUCUUGGGGUAUGGGCCGUGGACUGUGGACAGUGGGAACAUGGGUUUAAUGGGAGGAAUGGCAUGGCAAGCAAUAUUUUGAGUGCAUUUUGCUUAUACUAAACGAUAUAACUUACGAGUAUAUAUAUAAUGUAAUGCUAAGGAUAGUUAUGUUUAAUCCAGCACAUGCAUUUAGAAUCGAUCUUCCCACUUACACUUACACUCGAGAGACCGAACCCAGCGCACAUUGCAGCUUUAGCUAAAAUUAAUUGUCUACUAAUUAUGUAUAUUUAAUAAUCUAAGUUCAAGAAUUUAAUAACCUGCUUUUAAAAUGUUCCUUUCUUGUGUAAAGUCUCUUUGAUAUUUUUCUAUUGUUUAGUUUUAUGGAGAGCCUGUAAAACUGUUGCUUAAUAUGUUUCCGUACGUUUUGUAUCGUCUCAAAGCGAAUACAUUGCUUGUUUGUGGAAACAUAUGUGAUACUGAGAUAAUAAGUAAAACAAUCAAAAACAAAGUAAAACAAGACCCACAACCCAAACGAAAAAUCAACAAAGAAAUAAAAUAAAAUAAAAUCAAAAUGAUAUUUGGCGCGAUCGUAUUCUAUGAAAGUAAAGUAUGUAGUAUGAACUACAGAUCAAAUUGAAUUGAUUAAAAGUCUUUAAGUUUAUUGUGUGUACGCAUACAGACACACCACACCUACAUACACAAUCAUUUGAGUAUUAUUAGUCACAAACUGUUAGAGCCACAAAGUCACAAACAAAUUUAAGUCCAACAUUUCACUAGCAAAUAAAUAAGCCACAACAAUAUAAACAUUUUUAAAUCAUAAUCUAUAAACACAAAAUAACCACAAUAGCUGCAUUACAUAUACCAUUAUAUUAUUUAAAUAGGUAUGUAACCAAAUGUUGUUUAAGUAAAACUAUAACACACUUACAUAACAAAUUAACAAAAACAAACAACAUAAAAAUCUUUGCAGCUCGUUAUAUUUAAAAAAUAUACAAAGCGUUUUACUUUUGGACGUACAUACAUAUAUAGCGUAAAUGUAACCUAGUUAUACAAAAAGCAAAUAGCACAUCCAAGAACAAACUGAUGAUCUAUAUAAAUGUAAUAACAAAAUUAACUGAAAUGUGUAUUAAACCAGUUUAAUAAACCAAAAA